AUGACACCCGUUUCCAACGAAGCAGGACCUUCAGUCCCACGCUCACAAUCACUUCCACAUCCUCAUGCAUGUAAACCAAAAUCCGCUCAUCCAUCCAACCCAAAAUCAACAAACAAACGUAAAUUACCACCUUCAUUACCUCCAAAACCCAAAACAUCAUCACAUCCCUCAGCUUCCAUUCAUCCAAAUGGUAAAGCUCCUACAUUACCCUUGAAAACCUUACAGGGAGUCUCUAAAAUAAGAAGUGAUAGUACGAAAGAUGGGAUUGGUAGAGAAAGUAUUUUCGUAACUAGGAAAACUGGGCUAGGGAUGUUAUUAGGUAAAUGUAGGAGUCUCGUAGUGGAUGAAGGAUACACAAGAUUACGUUUUCACGCGAUAGGAGCUGCCAUACCUCAAUCUUUCUUAUUACUUCAUGCUUUAUUGGACUUAUUACCUUAUCCAGUCGGAGAGAAAGGAAUGUGGUACGAGAUACGUACAGGUUCAAUAGAAUGUAUAGAUGAAAUAUCGAACUCCACGAAUGUGUCAGGCAAAGGGAAUGACGGCAAAGAGAAAGAAGGUGACAAAGAAGAUUGGUUAAAUGAUAUAGGUGGAAUUGAAGAGGAUGUGCCAGAAAGAAAAUCACGUGUAAAAUCUACGGUCCAAAUCGAUCUACACAUGUCCCCUCGACCCAAAUCAAAGAAAAUACAAUCAGAACGAGUAAAUGAUGAACCUCAUAAUGCUGAGAAGAAGAAAUCGAAUAGGAAUAGACCAAGUAAGAAGAAAAGGGAACAAUUGGCAACCAAACGUAAACCUGCUGCAGAUGAAUCAGGGAUUGACGAAGAAGAAAUGAUGAAUAUCCAAGAGAGUGAAGAGGUCAAGUCGGUCAAGUCCAUAGCAAAUACCACAGGAGAUAUAAUGGUAAUUUCAGAUGAAGAGGAAGAAGAGAUUGAAGAGAUUGAGAUGUGA